AUGACUACCCCUUUUACCGAAAUGACCAACGAUGAAAAUUGUCAAACUAUUGAUAAAAUAGUAAACAAUUUCCUCUCUCAACGUUCCGAGAAAAAUCUGAAUGCUCUCAGACUUGCUGGUGUUUCCGUUUCCGAAUUCUCGGCCGAAUUGGCGAACCAUUUGUCCACACUAAAUGAAGGUGGUAGUAUUGCCCUUGGCCGUGGAGAAAAUUUGGCCAGCAUUAGUCUAAGCAAGAGCCUCGAGAGCCUUUUCUCGACCUCAAAACCACGCGUAAUCGAAGGGCCGCCGUUGACGUGGACGAGGCUUGUUCUUUUUGCAGGUCCUAGGUUUGAGGGCUCAACGCCGCUCAAAGUUGAAGACUCUAGCGUUGAGCUGUCAGGAGACGACCUCAAACUCUUACGCUCUGGUAGGCCUUGGAGAUUUCUCUCCCCUUGGCCAGAUAGAGACGAUUGCGCGAAAGAGCUUCAAUCAAGCGAGACAGCACUGCAAGAGCUUACUGAUGUUCGGGAAAUGAUAGGCGAAGUCUUGGGACAAAUUUCCCUUGUUGAGCAACGUCUCCAGAAUCAUCACGAUUUGGUGUCUCAACUCUCUGGAAGUAGAGACCACUCUACCCACCAAAAUGGAGAUUGCUCAACCCUUGACGGUGCUCAGUUAUCUGUUCCAAAUCAAGGAGCUUUGGGUUCCGCACCGUUUGCAGAAGAAGAAAGCUCAAUUCAUCAAGAUUCACCCUCCAUCCCCACACCUAUCUAUUAUGCUAGCGAAACCCGAUCGGCUCAGCCAGUUCAUGAAGAUCCGAAUGAUCGCACUCUAUCAGAAGAUGCUAUUGCGGGGGAUUCUACUCGAUGCCAUGAUUUACGACCUGCAACCGGCGCAAGGCCAGAAUCCAGAUUACACACAUGUGACUUCAUUCAAGGUCUGAGCGAAAUUCUUGAUGAUCGAAAUAAUUCGGAAGUAAUGCGCUGGUCAGAAGAUGGGAAGUCUGUCUUGAUUGCCCAAGAAAGCAAAUUUCCUGCACACAUACUUGCAAAAAUGUCCACCAAAAGCUACCAAUCUCUUAUUCGGCGUCUUUAUUACUUUGGAUUUCACAAAACCGGAGGCGCCUACCAUCACGAUUUCUUUAUACGUGGUCAGCCUAGCUCCAUACGACCAAUUCGGGAGAUGAGUUACAGCCCUUCACUUCCUUCGCCUUUACACAAAAGUACAUCUCAAGUUGGGCCUCGGUAUAAAGUGAUCAAAAGAAAGCGGACAAGAGAUAGUGGUUACAAUUCACCCAAGGAGUAA